GUAGUAGGGACGUAAUUACGCCUUUCGAAGAGGGUGCACGCUGGUGUAUAAUUAUACUGCGUAGGUACAGAACCUCCUAAAGUCACUAUUACCGAGAAAACCCCAUGAAUCAUAGCGAUUUUCGCUUUUGGUUUACUCUAUUUCAAAACAAAACAAUCUGUCCGUCAGGUGCGGUGUAUUAUUGACGUCACUACUUCCACGCUGGCUCUUGCAGGGUGUAGUACUCUACUUACUAGAAAAAUUAAAUGAAAAUAUUGUGACGAAAAAAUCAAUAACAGACUCUAACAGUGCGAGCAACAAUUUUAAAAAGAAUUUAAGUAUGUGUGCAUAAAUUCAAGUGACCGAAAACAAUGAACAUAAAUGAUUUAUUGAACUCUAGUGGAGAGGAGAUUGACGGCGCUAUGGAAAACAUGGACGUGUCGUUAAACUACGAAAAUCCUGAACUAAUGAGUUCAGAAUUUUUUGAUUCUGUAUUAUCCCUCGAAAACAACUUAGAAGAUGGUUUUUUCUCCAAUUUCGAGGAUGACAUAAACUUAUCAAGUGAUGUUAGUUCUCAUACAGAUGAAGUCUUAUCGCCACGAAGUCUUUAUUCUGAGAGUGACAAGAAUAGCACUUGUACAGAAACGUUAGAUGAAUCGGCUUCCGUCUUAAGUAGUAUUGAUGGUUUUGACGACCCAAUGUUGAUGUCUUUAUUAGAACCUAUCCCGAAUGUCCAAUUUGAAGCACAAAGUGUACCUGCCAUUGUAAAAACUACUAUUCAGAAGCAACCAACAAAAAUAUUAAUUCAGAAUCCAAAUAAUAAGAAGUUCAUUGCAAAGCCUAUGAUAAACGCCAGUCAAAUUAAAAAGACUCCCCUGAAAGGCAAACCCCAAAUUCUCAAGGUGCAACAAGUAAAUAAUGGAAGACCCCUACUUCUACCUUUAAGUGUGAAAGGUAUAAAAAUACUGAACACCUCUGCAGAUGUCGCUGCUUUGUCUGGAAGCCUAAAAAGGCGUAAGAUUGAACCUGCAGCUCCUAUUUCUCCAGGUGAAGAUGAUACCAACGUGGUAUCUUCCACAAAUCAAUAUCCACCACUUAAUUUAACGGCUGAAGAAAAAAGACUGCUGGCCAAAGAGGGCAUUCAGCUUCCUUCACAUCAUCCCUUGACGAAAAAUGAAGAGAGGGAGCUAAAACGCAUCAGGAGGAAAAUCAGGAAUAAGAUUUCAGCACAAGACUCCAGAAAGAGGAAAAAGGAAUAUGUGGAUGGACUAGAAGAAAGAAUUAAACGUGGUUCUGAAGAAAACAAAAACCUUUUGCAACGAGUUCGAGAGCUCCAAAAGCAGAAUAAAACCUUGAUUGCACACGUAAGCAAACUGCAAGCUUUGAUAUGCAAUUCAACAACAUCGAAAGCUACUCCGUCUACUUGCCUAAUGGUAGUGUUGCUCUCCGCACUUUUGGUGACACUGCCAAACAUGAAAUUGUUUGAAAAUAAACAAAUAUCUACGGAGCAAGAACAGGGAGCAAUUCGGAGGUCCCUGUUAACAACCGAAGAUGAUAGCUUGAACAUGGAGGAGUUCUUAGUUUUCAAAGACGACGAUAACGAGUUUGAAAAUAAAUUUGCUGAAGAGGCUCUCGAUAUUGAGAACUCUACUGAGAAAGAGUACAUGAAAAUGUUAGAAGAGAUGAGCGCGAAAUAUGAGGGGAUUCUCUCGGAGAAGAACAGCCCCAAGAUGGGUUUGUUCAGUAGAGUUAUCGAGUCCGUCAAGAGCUUCCUUGAAAAAGACAAGGCGGAAUUGUUCGGAAAAACCGAUUAUGGAGGGUACCGCAACAAAAAAGGGUUUGUUGAACCGGACGUCGAUGAGUAUAUACCGAACCUAGCAGUGGAUGAAGACCCGCCUUCGAAAAGAAAAAAAUAUACGACGGAUGAAUAUCGCGGUCCAGAUACUACAACAGUACACAAUGAAAGAUUUGUUUCAACAACAAUGAAUACCAAUAACUUUGGUAUAAAUACAAAAGACAAAUAAUAUUUGGUGCUAUUUUUUGUUAUACAGAAUUUAAUAAUUCUAUUAAUAGAUUUAAAUUAUCUUCAAAAUAAUUGUUUAGGUAACAAUAUUUAUGUUUUCAAAGAAAAAUUUAUUGAACGUUAUAUUUUGUUUGCAGUUUUAUCUUAAAAAAAAAUGUUCCUGUAAUUUAUAAUUUUAUUUUUUUAUCUAGUAACUGUAUGUUUGCAUUCCAUUUAUUUUGAAGAAAUCUUAAUUAAGUAGGUUUGUGAAGCUUAUUUAUAUUUGCAAAAUAUUGUAAUAUAAAUUUGGGUAAUUCAGUUUUCUGAAUUUACACAGAAUUUUUUGCAAAGCACUUUGCAAACUUGCUAUUUGCAAUGAUUUUCAAUAGUAUUUGUUUUGUUUGUAAGAAGUUUAAUUAAGUGUAUAACGCAUCAUCAUCAUGUAUGUACCACAAAAGUUAAGAACAUUAAUACAGUCCAAGUUUCUAUAGAUAUAUUUAGAUUAAGUAUAAUUUUUAUUGUUUGUCAUAUUUAAUAUAUUACAUAUACAAGUUAC